AUGUCAGGCAUUCACGGGACUCAUGAUUCUUGUCCUUUGGUGAAGAAUAUUCUUCUUCUUGACUCUGAAGGGAAGCGUGUGGCUGUCAAGUAUUACUCUGAUGACUGGGCAACUAAUGCUGCCAAGUUGAGUUUUGAGAAGUACGUAUUCUCUAAGACCUCUAAGACCAAUGCUCGCACUGAAGCUGAGAUCACACUCUUGGACAGUAAUAUUAUUGUCUAUAAGUUCGCCCAGGACCUUCACUUCUUUGUUACUGGAGGCGAUAAUGAAAACGAGCUCGUCUUAUCCUCUGUUCUUCAAGGCUUUUUUGAUGCUGUUGCACUCCUUCUAAGGAACAAUGUGGAAAAGAUGGAAGCCCUUGAGAACUUGGAUCUCAUCUUCCUGUGCCUCGAUGAAAUGGUCGAUCAGGGGGUGGUUCUUGAAACAGACCCGAACGUCAUUGCGGGGAAAGUAGCAAUGCAGAGCACAGAAGCUAGUGGUUCACUCUCUGAACAGACACUAACUCAAGCACUGGCAACAGCUCGGGAACAUCUUGCUAGAAGUUUGCUUACAUGAGAGUUUUCAUCAUAUGCAAAAUACUGUUAUGGAAUUUGUCUCAUAACGGGUGAGAGUCUUCUAAUAAUUCAAACACUUUGCUUACGUCGUUUCUGCAUACUUAAUCUGGAGUUUGGGGUAUUAUAUAGCUGCGUGUUCAAUGCUGAAUUUUUUUUCCAAGACUGGAUAUUGCAGAACCAAGAAUUUUAUAAAAUCUUGAUUCGUAUUACGUUCUUGAGUAUAUAUUUUAUUGAACUUUUCUAGUAAC